GCCUGCUUCCUCUGAACCUGCACCAGCAGUUUGUCUGUUUUCAGUGAAGACGCUGAAGAAUCAGAGGCCGACAGGGACGACGCCACGUUUUGUGCCAUGGAGGUGACGGCAAAGUACUGCUACGAGGCUGCAGCCGAUGACGAACUCAGCUUCAGAGUGGGUGACUGCUUAAAGAUCCUGCAAACCAGUGGAAACUGGUACAAAGCUGAACUUAACGGAGUGGAGGGGUUCGUACCCAAAAACUUCAUCAACAUCGAUUUCCCGAGCUGGUACCAGGAGGACGCCAGUCGCAGCGACGCCAAGAAGCUGCUGAUUUCACAGCCGACCGGGACCUUCAUCAUCCGCAGAAGCAGAGAUGAAGACGCAGGCAGCUUCUCCAUCUCCGUCAGAAAUGCAAAAGAUGUGCAGCAUCUGAAGGUGUUACGGGACACCAGGGGGCAGUAUUACCUCUGGACAGAAAAGUUUCCAUCUGUCAACCAGCUGGUGGAGUUUUAUAAAAAGAACUCUGUCUCCAAACAGGAUACCAUAUUCCUGCAAGAAACACAACAGCAGCAAAGACGAAGGCCAGAUCGUUCACCAUCCCUCCCUCCUCCGACCCCCCCCAAUCCAUCUGCGAUAGACCCACGUCGACCUCCACCUCCACCACGACCGGUCAUCGCCAUUUACAAUUUCCAAGCCAAGGAAAAAGACGAACUGGAGUUCCACGCCGGAGACAUCAUCGCAGUGUUGGACAGCUCGGAUCAGGUGUGGUGGAAAGGUCAGCUGAGAGGCAAAACCGGCCUGUUCCCCUGCAACUACACCAAACCCAUGUAGCAGGCUCACAAUGUCUGAACGUCCAAAUAUGGACAUAUCUGAUGACCAUGAAAAGAUGAAGAACCGUACUUGA